AAAUGCAAAAAAAAUCCUGAAAAUGAGUGUAAAAACUAAUUCUAGCAGUGCCCUAUCUCUAGACAGCUUGGAAUCGGAUCGAAAGGAUAAAAAGGCAAAAGAAAUACAUCCUACUAGCGGUGAUAAAAUACUUGUCCCAUUUUAUGAGAAAGACGUACUGGUUGAAAUAGAUAAAUCUCAGAUGAGAAUCUUCAAUAGAAAACAUAAUAGACCUAAUGAUAUUAAUGAUCGGAAACCAGAAACUGAAAUAAAAUCGUAUCUUGUAAACAAAAACACAAAUAAAUCCAGAAAACCGUCGUAUCUCGAAGCACUUAGACGUAAAUUUCCACUGGAAUUUACCCAAGACAAUAAAAACUUAGAAGAAAUACGUUCUAUAUCUCCCGAAUUUGGAGACACAGAGAGAGACAGUAUAAGCGACGAAGAAACCAGUCCCAACCACGAUUUCUACGAAACUGAAGCGUACAACGAUAUUUAUUAUGAAAAAAUAAUGAAUCAAGAAGUAGCAGAUGCUUUUGAUAAGAAUUUGGAGGAAGUUAAGCGGACACAAGAUACAAAUCCUUUCAAUGACUAUAUUAUUGAUAAUCUAAGAAGUAUUUCUGAACUGACACAACCUAGAAGACGUUCCAGACGAGCUUCAGUAGAACCAGUACCUAAUAUUCGUCUAGGUGGCCUGGGCCCUGAUAUAGAGAAUAUUAAACCAAGGCUAGAAAGAGCAAAAAGCCUUCAGAGAUAUUCGGAGAAAGUAAGAAUGGAAAAUAAAUUGAAAAUUUAUAAAAAAUCUCAUCGAGAUACGAGUAAAUCUCAAAAAGGUUCUACAGGGACACAGAAAGUAAAUCUAUCUGAUAAAAAUGUACAAAAAGAAAACGGGCCAACUUAUUUAGUAAAGAAAUCGUUACCAGGAAGUAAAAUAAUUCAUGAGAAGUCAAAAUCUGCUAAUGCUCGAAAUGGUAGAACGGACUGCGAUAGCACAGGAGAUGGUAACUCCAAUGAAUCUAAUCAAAUUUGUAUCAAAGAUCGGAAGAGUUUCAUCAAAAAAGAUUUAGUAGUUCGUGGGACCUCAGCACAAAAACACAUUAAAACCACUUUUAAAGAGGCCAAGAAAAACGACAAGAAUUCCUCAGAUACAAAAGGAAAUGAAGUAUCUGAAAAAACAACCGAGACUCCAAACUUUGAUGCUUUAAAAUCAUUAGAAGAGAAACACAGAAUGUACCAAGAGAGAGUAAAACAAUUUCAAAUUUUCUGUACUCCAAAUUUUUAGUCUUCUCGCCGUUUUUUCGGAAAUAAAUUAAAAGUUCAUUUUUA